AUGACGACCGCCACAGUUCCACAUGUUAUUAUUAUUGGCUCAGGAAUCACUGGCCUCCUGAUAGCACAAGGCCUUAAGAAGAGAGGAAUAUCCUAUGCCAUUUAUGACAAGGUGGAUCCGGCCACUCGUCCUCGAGAUUGGAGCAUGACUAUCUUCUGGUCUUUUCGACACUACCCUGUCCUGCUCCCUGAAGAGCUCAAUAGCCGUAUCCACGAGGCACAGUCAAAGCCGUACUAUCGCCCAACAGCGGUCGAAGAAUUGGUUGUCAGGAACUCCGAGACCGGCGAGAUCUUGAAGAAAGUGAACUCUCCUUAUGCCAUGAGAGUGAAUCGAGUGGGCAUGAGAAAGCUCUUGCUUAAUGGAAUCAACGUUCAGUAUGAUAGGGAACUCAUUGACAUCGAAUAUACGACUGAUGGCGUUAUCGCCCACUUCAAAGAUGGGACAUCUGACAAGGGCACCAUAAUUAUUGGUGCUGAGGGCGGACAGUCUUUAAUAAGACGCAAGCUUCUUGGCGAACUUGCCAUGCCAGUGGCAUAUCCAGAGGUCGAGAUGGUAAAUAUUAAUGUGAACUACACUCAUGAACAAGGCAAGUAUAUUGCAGAAAAUACAGCUCCGCACAUCGACUAUGGAGUUCACCCCAAGGGAAUAUUCUUCAUCAUUAUCCUCCGGAAUGUUGGAGAUAAAGAUGACUAUUCAACAUGGACAUUCCAUUAUGUUAUUACCUACCCCAAAAAGCUCACUGGCACGCCACUUAAAGGGAAAAGCAACGCUGAGCGUGUUUCCAUUCUGAGGUCUCUUGCCGAUGACUUUGCAGAACCUAGACAAUCGGCCUUGAGGUGGCUGCCAGAUGACUUGGAAGUCCCCGACGAUUCUGUCAAGAUGUGGAGCCCAGUUCCGUGGGACAAUCAUGAUGGUCGAGUUACUUUGGCUGGAGAUGCAGCGCAUGCGAUAGCAUUCUAUCGUGGACAAGGUCUUAACAACGCGACAACCGACGCCGCACACCUUGUCUCUGCCAUAGAGAAAGCUACUGCUGGAGAAGUGACGAUGGCGGACGCCAUAACUGCCUAUGACAAAGAAGUCAUCGCUCGGGGCCAAGAAGAGGUUGCGCUGUCUCAGGAAUUGGCUCAAUCAAUUCUUGACUGGGAGAAAUUUUUGGAAAGCCCCAUCAUCAAAUUCGGCGGAAAUAUUCCGAAGGAAAUGUCGAACUGA